AUGUUUUCGCUAACCAGGGGUAUUGAUUUCUACACCAGUCUGAUGUUUAUUACAGACUUGCAGUAUGACCGGUUUGCGAAAUUAGUUACGCACUUACCGAAGAAUUUGGAACGUACUAAAGCGAUUUCUAGAUCAAAGAAAUUCUUGAUCUAUAACAGGGUACAUUGGCCAGUGCAUGAUUAUCGUACCUACGUGACGAGUCGUCGCCGGAAUACAUGUGAUAUGUUACACAAACAUCGAUCUACUUGUGGUCGAAGAUGGGAUCCUGAUUAUUAUAGUGCACCUAGUCGGCAAAUCACAACAAAAAGCGUCCUCCUCGCAGCAAAGCAGCCUCUCCAUCCUGUGUUCAGGAUUGUUUUCAUCUCAAUUGAGGAAUAUUUUUUUCGACUAUCUAAGGUUAACAAGCUUAUUACAGUGUACCCAGUUCUUUUCAUGGCAAAGAAUUUAUAUUUGUAG